UCUGCCCCCCCGGGCCGGGCCGGCUGCUGCCAGGAGCUGGGCCCCGGUGUCUCGGCGAGCCGGCCCCGGGCCUGGCGGGGCGGCGGGAACGGAUCCCGGGUCCCUUCCGGUGCCCAGGAGCGACCGGCCCGGCUGCCCGUAACACCUCUUAGGAGCCACGCUUUGUCAGGCAUUUGGUGUCUGAUGUGCUGAGGCAGCAGCUCUCCCCCUGGCAGCUGUGUCAGAGCAGAUCUGCUCAGAGGCAUCCUUGAAACAUGGCAGUCAAAUGGACUGGUGGGCACUCAUCCUCUAUCUUGUGCCUGAGCACAAACACCGAAGGGCUGGUGGCUUCAGGUGCAGAGAGGGGUGAGCUCACCCUGUGGCAUGGAGGAGGAGGAGGCACUCCAGCAGGACAGCUGCAGCUCCCAAAGGAGGAUGAUGUCACCUCCCUGGUGUUCUCUCCACGCUGUCCCACCAGGCUGUACACCUCCCAUGGAGAAGCCAUCAGCCUGUUGGACGUCCGCUCCCUCAAGGAGCCCCUGGAACGUUUCCAGGUGAACCAGGAGGAGAUCAACUGCCUCUCAGUGAAUGAGACAGACCAGUUCCUGGCUGCAGCAGAUGACUCGGGGGUGAUAAAGGUUAUAGACUUGGACAACAAGAAAGUCACCCGGUCCUUGAGACACUCAAACAUCUGCUCCUCUGUUGGUUUUCGGCCCCAAAGGCCUCAAAGCCUUGUUUCCUGUGGACUGGACAUGCAGGUUAUGCUGUGGAACCUGCAGAAGGCUCGCCCCUUGUGGACCACAAACCUGCAGGAGUGUGGAAGUAAGGAGGACAGCCCCCAGCCAGCUGGGCAGUUCUUCAACCCACCUCUUGCACAUUCCUUGUCUGUCGCAUCGUGCGGCAACAUCUUUGCCUGUGGAGCUCAAGAUGGUAAAGUCAGAAUAUUCAGAGUCACUGGUGUCAAGUUUGAACAGGAGCUGGAGUUUCAAGGGCACAGUUUGGGAGUUUCGCAGGUUCUGUUCAUGCCUGAGGGGUACUGCUUGUUGACUGGAGGAAAUGAUGGGAAAAUCUUGCUCUGGGAUGUCAGCAGUGAUGUUGGGAAGCAGCAGAAAAGUCCAGCAAAAACUCUGCAGAGAAGGAAGGCCCAAGCACCUGCUUCCACCAGGAAAGGUGGGAAGCUCAACCAAGUGGCUUCCAAUGAACAUGCUGGAGUCUUACCAAAGCUGACCAUUGAGCAUGGAGAGAAGGUGAACUGGAUCUCCUGCCUGGAGAUCAAAGGCUCCAAAAGAGUCUUAGUUGCUGAUCAGAGUAGUUCUGUGUCUGUGUACCCACUGCCAGAACUUUAGACACUGAGAUGUUGAAAGAAAUGGGUGGGGGUAAAACCACUUCUCAGAGUGCUUGAAAGGAGUCCAGUUCCAUCCUGAGAGUGAGCUGAGCAGGGAAACCUGCUGUGUCCUCUGAAGGGGAAGAGAUUUGCUGUGGACUCUGGCAAGUCCUCACGAAGUGGCCUCACAUUAGAGGUUUCUGUGGCUGUUGCUCUUCACUGCAGCUGUUUCUUGUGGGGCUGGCAGUUUGCUUCUUGAAUUUAGGUGACACGGGGUCCAGAUUAUUUAGGGGUGAGGUUAGUUCAUGGCUAAGCUGACAGAAUAAAGGCUGGAGGAAGAAACUCCAAGUGGAAAUCUAUUUUUCCUUAGUUUCUCAGCAGCUGUGUAUAAGACUGGAGAAGCAUCAAUUAACUAAUGAGUAACCAAAUGACUUAAACUGUCCUUGCCCAGUGGACUUCAUCACACUGCAGUAAGUGAAGGGGCAGGGGAAAUUCUUACAUCUGUUUCAUGGCUCAGCUCUCUUCUGCAUUUAUUUGUUUAUCCCAGGGAAAAAUAACUACUACACGUGUCUUAAUAAAUCCUUUCUCUUUCACUGC